CAAGCUUCAGCUCAUAAAACAAUGUGCCGGAUACCCGACCUCGUUAAAGACUCGAAGAUUGAAACGCAGUUCCAUUCGGGCUACACGAGGCACAUAUAUAGCGAAGCUGACCCAACGUCCGGGCAGCGUGUUAUCGAGAGAAAAGAGUACUGGAAACGCGAGAAGUUGAUUGGAAGAGGCGGGUUUGGGAGUGUUUGGUUGGAGAAAUGUGUUAAAGGAAAGCAUGAGGCUGAACUCCGUGCAGUCAAGCAGCUGCAGAAGCCCGACAAAACAAAAGAAUUCUUUCGUGAGCUCGAAGCUAUGGCCAAGUUCUCGCACCCGAAGUACGUACGCUGUUUCGUCAGAUCGUUCGGUUGGUAUGACUCUGAAGACGAGCUGUAUAUCGCCAUGGAAUACUUUCCUUUGGGCGAUCUCGACAGUUAUCUGAGGGCUGCUCCACCUUUGCCUGAGCCAGAUGUUCAGCAGGUCACGUUUCAGAUACUAGAGGGUUUGCAUGCAAUGCAUGAAAACGGGUUUGUCCACAGAGACUUGAAGCCAGGUAAUAUUCUGAUCCACUCUCACCCGCCACAGGAAUGGUGGGUCAAAUUAGCAGAUUUUGGCAUCAGCAAACGCACUGAAGAUCAUACAAACAGCCCUUCGACAAGAAAAGGUACUGAUGGCUUUGUACCCCCGGAAUGGCAUGGCUUCUCUCCAAAUGGAGAAAAUAUAUCUGGCACUUCCUCGCCGGCUGCAGACAUGUGGGCGCUCGGGGAAAUUGCAUUUCGAUUGUUUACCAAAGGAUCUACUUUCAAGAGCUCUUACGACCUCUUCCAGUUCACCGAGGGCCGGCUACCCUUUCCAUUGGCAUCAUUGGAAGCAUACAAAUCAAGCCUAGAGGCUAUGGAUUUCGUGCAAGCCUGCAUGCGUGCGUCACCGGAGGAUCGUCUAGACGCCCAACAAGCCGUUAAACAUGAGUGGAUGAAAAUCGAACCACGUGGGAUUCCUAGGCCGCUGUCAGCAGUAUCACUCGAGUAA